GAGAAGAAAUCUAGGGAAACGAGAAGAAAUCAGGGCAUUAAACAAUCCAGGCUCACCUUCUCUCGAUGCAAAUCUAAAUGAGCGAAAAUAGAGAGAGAGAGAGAGAGCGAAUAUAGGAAAGCGAUACUAAUGGCUUCCAUGAAGGUAACAAUGGCGUCUAAGAAGAAAGGUGAAAGCGAAGACAUCGAUUUUGUGACGAGGGAAUCCGAUGAUAUGCUUCUGACAAUGCCUAACGGACUCACUGCUCAUAAAAAGGAAGGUCAAAAUUUGGAACAAGAUAAGACUGGAGACUGUGUAAAGGAGAAGGGAGAAGACAUGGACAUUGAUUGGAUGAAUGGGUUGUUGACUGAGGCAAACACUGAUCACAAUUGCCAGGAAACUAUGCACGUGGUUGAAGCUAAUUUGGGAACAUUACACAAAAUCAGUGACCAGAAAGGCAUUGACAAUAAAGUCAUUGACCAGCAGGUGAUGGAAGAUGGUUUGGAGGAAGGCCAGAAAAUGGAGAGUGUCAUUGACAAUGUGGAAACAGCAUCACAAGCUGCUCGGGCAGCAGAGGAAUUGGAUCCAGCCAUUUGGGACAUUAGUCCUUACUCUGGACAACCAAAGGUCGCAGAGAGUAUCAUCAGUUAUUUGUUUCCCACUGAACAACCACAUCUCCUAAAUGAUGAUCCCACUGAACAACCACAAGUCCUCACUGAUAUUCCCACUGAACCACCACAAAUCAUCAAUGAUAUUCCCAAUGAACCACCACAAAUGCCCAAUGUUGUUCCCAUUGAACCACGCCAAGUCCUCACUGAUAUUCCCACUAAACAACCACAAAUCCUCAAUGAUAUUCCCACUGAACCACAACAAGUCCUCAAUGAUGAUCCCAGUGAUGGUAUAGAUGCUGAACCACAGCUCAAUGUUGGUCAACUUGAGGACAUUCAGGAUGAACAAGCAGAAGGCCCUGAUGCUGAAGAACAACACACUAAGGAUAUUGCCAUUGACCAACCAGAAGACACUACAAGGCAGAAAAGGGUUGUGAAAUGCCCAGAUAAGUUUACUCAUUCUGACAAAAAAAUAAAGACAAGAAAGGAAAAGAGCAGACAAGGACCACAGACAUCUAAACAGAAAGCCACAGAUGGUGGUGAUGACAAUUCGCAACCCAAGAAUGUGGAGGCCGAAGCUGGCAUGGCAGAAAGUCAUCCCGAAGGGCUGAAAUUAGCAUUAACUGCUGAGAAUGUGGAGUUGUUUUUAGCACAAGGUCUCCUAAGCAAGAAGAAGAAAGCAAAUGGCACAAAGUACACAAGCCAGGAAAAUGCUUUAAACCCAGAAGAAUUUCGGCCACUGUGGGGGCAUAACGAAACAAUGACAAAAACAUGGUACUAUGGAUUUUUCUACCCUGAUGAAUGGAUGGAUGAUGUGGUAACACAAGAAUAUGGAUUGACCCAGCCAUUUGCAGUAACAGACAGCCUAUUUGUCAGUCUAUUGAAGAGAGAAUAUGACAACUACUUGGGAAAAAGAAAAACCAUUGCUGAAGCAGCAUUGAACACUUCAAUACUGAAACCAAUAGUAGGGGCUGUGCCAGAAUUGGGAGGACGCUGGGCAGAAUGCGAUUAUGUUUACAUGCCAAUCAACACUGGAAACCAUUGGAUACUGGCUGUGCUUGACAUAUCAAAGAAAUGCAUCAGGCUGUAUGAUUCUAACAGCAAGGGGAAGACCAGUCGCCACACAAAACCAUACCUUCCAUGUCUACAGAUAUUACUGCCAAAGGUGAUGGACAAACUGGAAGUGUACAAGGAGCGGAAAAUGCCUGAGAUGGGAGAUGAUGUGCUAGGCAUUGUCAACGUAAAUGAUUGCCCACAACAACAGGACGCGGUGAGCUGUGGCAUAUUCGUUGUAAAGAUGGUUGAGCAUCUAAUCAUGGGGAUGGAAGUGGAUGAAGUGGAUGUUGCAGGCAUUGGGAGUUUCAGGAAAAAAUUUGCAACAGAAAUGCUGUUAUAUGCAAACAAGAGGGCUGACCGGGCUGACCAGGAGGGCUGAGCAUUGGCAUGGGAUAUGUAACCAAGUUUAAAAAACUUUUAUGUUUAAGUAUGCUGUUGUAGUAGUUGCACUAUGGGUUUUAAGUGCAGUAAUAGUACUUUUCCUAUUAUUAAUAAUAUGGGUUGUAAGUG